UUUCACAAAGCAUUCAGAAGUACUAACACUGUUGAGAUGUUUUCCGACGGACCGGAUGCAAUCUCUGAAUUGUUUUGGCCGGCUUGAGCAUGUCCAGGCAUAAAAACACACAAGGCUAACCUCUCCUCCAUCGCCUCCAUUAUAUUCUUCUCCCUUCCUUCGCUACGAACUCCUCUCUUGCUCACCGGCAGCAGUCAAAUUUGAAAGAUGGGUAUCGUGGUUAUCACGGUGGACCUGCAAUGCUGCCGCUGCAGAGCCAAGAUCACCAAGGUCCUGGAGUGCCUCAAAGAGGAGUUUUGCAUCGAGAAGGUGGAGUUCGAGGACAAGGACAACAAGGUGGUGGUGCGCGGGAAGUACGACGCCGAGAAGCUCCGCAAGAAGGUCUGGUGCAAGGCAUGCAAGGUCGUCAAGGACAUCAUCAUCGUCGAGGUCUGGCCGGUGCCGCCCAAACCUAAUCCUGUGAAGCCUUGCAAACCUUGCAAGCCCGAGUGUGAGCCUUGCAAACCUUGCAAGCCCGAGUGUGAGCAUUGCAAACCUUGCAAGCCCGAGUGUGAGCAUUGCAAACCUUGCAAGCCUUGCACGCCGAAGCAUGUGCAUUGCACGCCUAAGCCUCAGCCUCAGCCUCAGCCUCAGCCUAAACCUGAGCCGCCGAAGCCCAAACCAGAGUGCAAGGUGGUGCCGUACGCGUACCCUGUGCCGUACCCCAUGCCGUGCCAGAGCUGGCCGUGGCAGUGCCCGCCUCAACAGCAGUGCCACUGCCGCCCCACGCCGCCGCCGCCGGCUCCUCGGCCGCCGGCUCCUCCCACUCCGCCGCCGCCGUGCAAGUGCCAGUGGCAGUGCCAGUGCGUCGGCAGACCGCCGAUCUGGCCACCGCCGCCGGUCUGUCCACCGCCGUGGCCCGGGUGCAAUAUCGUCACCGAUGAAAACCCUUGCUCCGUCAUGUGAUCGAUGAUUACUUGCUUAUCAUCUGCUACUGGUGCUGCUGCUGCGAUCAGUACUUUGCCGGGCUCAUGUGCCUCGGAAACCGGAAUAAUGCGACACUAGUUCGACGUUAGUAUUCGUGUUCUAUGUACAAUAAAGCUACUGUGCUUGGGUUCGCUCGCGUUGUGUCAUCAGGGUUGUGCCGCAUGUGUGCGCCGUGCCUUGUUAUUGGACUUAUUUUGUUGUAAAUGUGACAUUGUUGUCUUUGUUCGAAGAAAUCGCAAUCGUGUAAGUUCCAAAUA